CACACUGCCAUGUAACGCUCCCACUCCAAUCACCACUCCACUCCAGCACCAUGCUCUCCAUCAUGAUUCUCUGCCUACUAGCCUCCGCCACCGCAUACAAUCCACCCAACCAAAUACCUCUAAACGACGACGACGAACCUUCUAAGACGAUCACGAUGUACGUAACAACAACGAAAACACAUUACGAAUUUGAUUUCUAUACUACCACGAUGGUUCGACAACCGAGACCGACGUCUUGUCAUGCGGUGGAGACGAUUCCGAGUCGGUGCGAUGAGACGGCUUGUGCGAUUUGUCGAUUGCAGGCGAAUUGUCGUAGGGCGGAGGCGGCUUGUUUUCAGUGCGAUACGAAGAAUAUUGUGAAUGUUGAAGUUUGAAACGGAACAGGCUUCUUCGAUCGAACGCUAGGCAACUACUAUUCCUGCGGGCCGAGGACUUCUAUAGUAGGGCUAAGGGGCGAGGAGAUUGUUAAUACUGUCUUUACCUAUAUAACCCUCCUACGCCGACUCGCUAUACAUCUAGUAAUCUUUGCCCGGCUUCUACGUUUCCUUAGGAGAGAGGGCUCUAGUCUUGCCGCCUUAUAAAACGCAGACUCGAAAUAUAAUGCUAGUAUCGGG